CCGGCAGUGCUGGGGGAGUGGCCAUAGGCGUGUCCCACGGAAAUAAUUGUUUACAAAAACAGGCCGAGGGCCUUGGUUUGCAGAUGCUUCUGAACAUCUGGACAGUCCAUUGCAUUCGGGUGUCCUGUUGCCUGGAAUGACUUUUGAGGGGAAGAGGGUGUUAGCUGUGAGUGGAGUCUCUGGAACAAGUCUGAUGUUGCAAAGUAAGUUUGGAAAACAGGUUCACAGCCGGUUAUAGGGGACCGUGAAUGGUCACCACCUUAAAGUUUGUUCUGUUGCUGUCAGCGUUUUGGAGCCAUGAAGGGUUUUGCGUCGUCACCACGCAGUGGCAGUGCUUAGAGUCAGAAUAGCAGGUGGCGGUGUGCAGGGGGGGUGUUUAGUCAUGCGUACUGGUGAUGAUGUAAGCCUGGAGUAAUCGGAGUUUCCUGGGGAUGGGAUAGAGAGAAGUGAAAGGUUCUGAUUACAAGAAACUGCAGUGGACAGAUCUCAAGUCAGGGAGGUUGAAGGUGCAGAGAUCUAAAAUCUGAGUGGCUGUAAAAACUGGCAGAGGCAGGAGAGCGUGGAAACCAAGCCGGAAUGGUGGGACCGAAGGUCUGGAAUGAGGUCAGAACUGGGGAUUUUCACCUGUUUUCACAUCUGCCGUUUGUGGAAUGCAGUGCCUCCAAGGUACCCCCACGCACUUCUAAGGAAACCAAGAGAACAGGCCAGAAUUUAAAUGAAUAUGUUGAAGCAUUAAUUACCUUGAAGCAAAAAAUUAUUAAUACAGAUAAUUUGCUAACAGAGUAUCAGAAGAAAUGUGAUGAGCUGCAGUUUGCCAGAAGAGAGAAUAGUACUCUGCAUCACCAAGUGGAACAGAUGCUUCAGAAAAUUUCUCCUCUGCAGAAAUGCCAGGAAGAACUGGGAUCUUUAAAAGCAGAGCUGGAAGAGAAGAAGAGUUCUCUAAAGUUGUAUCAAGAUACUCAUCAGGAAUAUGCUCGUGUAAAGGAAGAAUGCUUGAAGACCGAUGCCCAGAAGAAGAAACUAGAAGCCAAGGUGAAGAAGCUGGAAGAGGCUGCCAUCAAGCAGAUUCAGGACUUCAAGCAACUGAGGAAUGAAAAGAAAAUACUAGAAAAGGAGUUUAAGAAGACACAGGAAAGGCUUGAUGAAUUUUCUAAACAGAAAAAUGAAAAGGAGUUGAGACAUAUUGGAACACAAAUUUCAAGUGAUUCUUACGGAAGCAUAGAUAAAAGAAAAGUGAAACUGCUUCUGAAGGAACUCUGGCUCUGUAUAAACACAACACACAGAGUACCUGGCGAAGGCCCCAGAUGUGUCCCAGGAAAACCUGCCCAAGAGAAGCCGCAGUCCGGGGGGUCCGAGGAGGCCGGCGGGCCGGCUCCGGUGGUGGACAGCGCUCCCGGGGCCUCGGCCAUGCGGACGUGCCUGGCGGAGCUGUCCAUGGAGAUCCAGGGCGACUUCUCAGGGUGCCGCAGCGUGGGGGGAGAGGGGCCCCAAGGGCCCGCUUGCAGCGGGGAACACCAGGGCGCCGAGGCGGUGGCUCCGAGGAGCGAGGACGACAGCGCCGGCCUCCUGGACCAGGGCCAGGUUUUCGAUGAGGACCUGCAGGCUGCUGUUGACUUCUUCAGACUGCCCCCCCCUCUGCUGUCUCCAGUGCCGUCACCCCCUCCGGGGUCGGUACCAGCCCUGGGCACCUUACCUUCCGCACUGGCACCCGAAACCUACUUUGGAGAGUAUACAGAUUCCAGUGAUAAUGACUCGGCUCAGCGUAGAAAUUCUGCUGCGUCUGUUUCAGAAGAGGAUACACCUGAGGCACAGGAUUGUUUUGGCUCAUCCAGAAAAACAGGAAGUGGUACAGUGGCGGAGAAGCUCAAAUCACACGAAGCUGCCCAAGCUCUAAGCACAUUGGAAGUAAACAAAGUAACAACGGUUGGGUUCGGGACAUUUACGGCAACACUGAGAGAACCUUCAGCCACGUUCUCCUUAGCUCGGGAGAAACACUGGGCAGUGUCAUCUCAGUUCACCUGUGAUGGACCAAUCAGCAUUUUAGAUGCGGUGAAGAGACAAAGAGAGGUCAGGGAGAUGCAUAGGUCAGCGCACGCCGGGGAAGCGCUUCCUCACGCCACCGGAAGUGAGAGUGCCAAGCAGCCGCCGUGCGGCCCGGCCCAGGACAAGGAUGUGGCCCUCGGGAGGUCGGACUCACUUUACUCUCCUCUGGGCAGGAGGCCACUGGGUGAGCUCCUGGCACCUCACGGGAAAACCCCGUUGUCUCGGGUGAUGGGCCUACCCAAAUCAGACUUUUCUAAGUGGACCCCAACUAACGAGAUCACUUCUGACUCGGAUCCCAUGGCAGUGUCUGACUGUCUUCAGGAACUCUCUAGAGAACUGGAGAAAGAAAGAGAAGCUACGCAAGGGUUUGUUUUAGGAGAAUCACCUGAACCCGAAGAAGAUGCAGGCGAUACCAUGGACACCACAGGGAUCGAUGCUGAAGCCAAGUUUUCCUCUUCUACCUCGGGGGCGUCGUCUGUGUGCGGUGACCCCCAGACAUCCUCUGCGUCAAAGUGUCGCGAUGCACACGUCCCUACCGAAGUGUGCCGUUCGGGUCAGAAGUUACGCGCCAGAACUCCAGCCGCGUCCGGCCUGCGGUCUGAGCCACCAGGGAGUCGACGGGGGGGAAGCGACCCGGGGAGCAGCUCGCCUGCCUCGAGCCCCGAGCUGGGAGCAUCCGGUUUGCGUGAGCAGAGCGGCAGUGAGGCGGAGUGCGCCGAAGCUGUGGAAGGCGUGACUGAGGUGCGCGCACUGCCUCACUCGGUGUUUGCGAAGGCCCUGACGGGUGGACAGUGUGCGAGCCAGGGCCCCGGGGCCGCCCGCACGCCAAGUCACUCACCCUUCCCACCGCCGGCAGCGUCUCCGUGUGGCUGGAUCAAGGGUGGUUUUGGUUUUGGCGAGAGCGUGUCCUGGCGCCAUAGCGACGCGUUAGGGAGAGGUGAGGAAGAGAGGCUGAAGGCCGGCUCUGAACGUGAGGAGACGUCCCCUCAGUUACAGCGGGCCGCGUCCCAGCCCGAACCCGCCGGAGAAAGGAGCAGCUCCGUGGGCCUCCGGGCCGUGGCUUCCUUGUUGCCUAACCAGGUGUCAGUGAUCACCACGCGGGCCCGACCCAGUGGGACGCAGUGCACAAGGCCGGAGCCCCUGAGACCGCACAGUGGUGAGCCUACCUCAGCCGCAGAAGGCGUUGGCGGCGGGACGGGUCAGCCACCAUCCGUGGCCGGACGUGGCGCAGAAAGAGAGGGCACAGCACAGAAAGUCAAGGAGGUGGCUGCUGUGAAAAGGACUUCGCCAGAAGUUUCCACCUCUUGGAGAAAACUAGAUUUUGACUCUCCAAGUGAUCCUGUACUAGUAGAAAAUUCUCAUUGUCUCGAAAAUGAUAAAUUAUCUUUCUUUUCUGAAAACGUCCCAGCUCAAAACCAAGACACCAUCACCGAGCCCGCCAUGCAGGAAGAGGCGCCGGAGCAGAAUCCGAGUCCAGAUGCCACAAAUCUGGACUCUUCUGGGACAGGCAUAGACAAACUGCUUCCAGCCGCGGAAGUGGCAGCGUCAGCAGGUUGUCCUGUUGAAGAAGUACCCUGUGGAGACGCAGUCAGAUCUGGCAGUGAGGCCCAGGCCGUGUCACAGGACGCUCCUGGCAUGCGGCAGAGCCGUGAGGAGCCUCUGGAGCUGCCAUCGCCACCUCCUGGUGGCGCCUCUCCCGGCGGGCCAGGCACCAUAGGCGCUGCCUUUUCUUCGGCACUUGGCAGACAGGACGACGAGACUCAUACUCUCCCCGAGACCAGCCUCCCCAGCCCCGUGUACGGCUACACCGGCGUGCGGGAGGUGGCGGGCAGCGACACGGAGGUGGAGAGCAAGGCCCCGAGCUGCAGCGAGGGUGAAAACGAGCCGGAGGGGGCGGUGGGGAACCAACAGCACGGUGCCACCGAGGCCUCCAGCGGGGACGGUGGUGCCACCGAGGCCCAGCCUCCCGUGGAGGUGGGCUGCCUGGCCUCGGCCCUGCUGGGCUGCAGCAUCAGCCUCCUCCCUGAGGUAGACAGGCUUUCUACAUCAGACAUGGUCAAGUUUCUUGAAAGCUGUCAGUUAAGAGAUUAUAGUUCAGGGGACUCUGUUUCAGAAUGUUCUAGCAAAGAAAUCCUAAACAAAGAAACGAACGAAGAAAUGAAGCAAAGUGAAAUGUCGGGAGAAAAGUACGGAAAGCAGCUCUGUGAACAGGAAGCGCUGGAGACCUGCGAGGAGUGGGUGGGAUCAGAGGACGAGGACGGCUCGCUGGGGGGCGCCAGCCAGCUGGCGCAGUGCUCGCUGGAGGCGCUGUCCGAGGUGCUGGGCAGGAUCGGCCAGGAGUUUCAGUCCAGCUGUGAGGACCCGGAUGGAAAAGACGCCGCUAAUCUGCUGCUGUUCAGCAUACACGACAGCAUGGGGGGCGAGCACGCAGAGGAGCAAGUCUCGGCUCCGGAAGCGGCCGGCUCCUCGUCGCACCCUUCGGGUCCACCCACGCCAGCCCCUAGCCUGGACGCUCAGGGCGGUUCUCCCGCCGGUGGAACAUCCAGUCAUGAAAACACCGAGGACGGACCUGAGGGCAGCUCCGUUGCCACCGGGCCGAUUGCCAGCAGGGACGCGGCCCCGCCCCCCUCCCAGUGCGCUGACUCGGGGGCGGAGCAGGCGGGAGGGACGCUUCAGUGUCAGAUCUCCACAGUGACCUCCGAGGUCAUAAAUGUGCUGAUAAAUAAGGACCAAAACCUAGUCAUUGAGAAGGGGGACAACUGGACCAUCAUAAACGGGGUCGCUCUCGUGCCAAAUGUGGACCAGGUUAUUCUGUGCGACGCCCCCGCAGACGUUCCCGUUUCGCCGGAUGGAGGAGGGCUGGCAGCCGGUUUCACGUCUGUUACUCCGGUGGAGAAGUCCCCGGAGCCCGGUCACCGUGGCUCCCCGUUUCAGGAGCCCCCUUGUGGCAGUACCCUGCCAUGUCCCCAGGAGGAGAUCUCCAGCAGCGGUCAGACUUCCAACUUUGAUAAAAGCCGUUUGCGAAAUAGACCUGUCAAACCUAGUGUAAGGAUCAAUGCUGAGAUAUACGACCAGGUGUUCGAGUCUCAGAUCGUGGCGUCUGAUCACACGUAUUACAACUCGAAGCUAGAGCCGUUUGGCAAAAAUAAGCCUCGAGCAAAGAUUUCAAACAAAGAUCAGUCAAGCAAACCGGCGAAGGCAGCAUCCAGCAGAGCCGAAGCUAACCCCGGGGAAGGCUCUCCGUCGUCGUCUGGGGACCGAGGUGGCACAAAGCCUCAGAGGCAGCAGACGCAGACGAUCCUCGCCAACGCCGACACGUCCACUCCCACAGACGGUUCCGCCGACACGCUGAGCAAGAUCCGGCAGGAGGUGGGGCCCCCUCUGCCGCCCCUGCUGGCUCCUCUGAUAGCCACGCCUCCGAGGAGCUCGCACCCGGUCUCCCCGCUCAUCUCCAGCUCCAGCCCCUCCUCGCCCACCUCCCCCGUCGGCCAGCUCUCUCCAUUGUGUGACGUCGCAGCACCGCCCGCGACGUCUCCUUCGCUGGAGGAGCCGGGGCGCGCCUCCCCACUGUGCACGUCUCCGUCCCCCUCCGCCGCCCCCGCCGGGGAGAGGACGUUGUCGUCUCCCUUGCAGUUCUGCGCGGCGACGCCGAAGCACGCCCUUCCUGUGCCCGGCCGCCUGCCGCCCUGCGCGUCGGCCCACACGGCCGUGGCCGCUCCCCAGGAGAAUUCCGUUAAAAUCCUGGACACCAUGUACCCGGAGCUGUCCGCCAGGGCCCGCACCCUCAGCAUCCUCAAAGGGAACAUCCAGCUCACGCGAGGGCCGCCUGCUGACCGUCAGAACGCACCGGGGCCCGUCAGCGCUAUAACAGGGUUCAAAGCAAUCACUUCCACGUCCACCGCCUUUGUCAAAACGGGGGGCAGCUCCGGCGGGGACUCUAACCAGGCUGCCGGUGGGAAAAGGACAUUGCCAUCGUGUACACUGAGGAGCGCUAAAAGAUUGCGCCUGGACAGCGGGUCUCCAGGCCCGGAAACGGGGAGCACCAGCCCAGAAGAAGUCAGCAAGCACCCCUGCAGGGACCUCCCUCAGGAGGAAGUCACAGCGACAGAGGAGGGAGCAGAUUCUGUUGCAGCUACCAGUGCAGAUUCACAGCUGCCUCUGAGCCCCAGAGAAACCGUGGAGACCCACGACAGAGCCAUAGCUGAUGCCCUGAGGAAGAUUGCAGAGUCCUCCUUCGACCUGCUGCCUGUCAUCCGCAGUCACGUGUAUGUCGGAAAUAUCUCCAAAAAGCCGGUGAUGAGGGAUGAAGAGAAAGAGGUCGUCUACGACUUCAGCACAGCGAAGAAGCAUUUAGCAGAGUGCUUGCUUCACUCUAUUCUCUCAGAACUAAAACUUCAGAAAGUGUCUAUGGAGCACAGUUACAUCCAUGCGCUCUGCAGAGUGUAUGUGGGUAUCUGUCGGCAGCUCGGAGAUGUGGAAAGAGCUCGCUUGUUUUGCUACAGCCUCCUUAAGGAAGAUUUUCCAGAGUCAGAAAAAUUGACUUUGUUCAUUGCAAACAUGUGGCAUGAUGUAUUUAUCUCUCCGUCGGUGAUAAAUAAGGCGAUGCAGUUAGUUGCCAGGCAGCGUGCUAAGGGAGAGGUUCUGAACUGUUUGAGAGCUUUUCUCAACUGGGAAAAGAAUGCGCCUGCAGAUGUUGGCUUCAUGGUUUCUAAGCUGCUUUUGACCAUACAGUUAUGUCCAAAAACAGAAUUUCAGUCCAGUGAAAGAUUUGGUGAAGACUUAAGUGAUAACACGUGGGAGUACAUAUUCGCCAUCGACCUGCUCUGCUGCCAUCAGAAGUGGGUUUGGACGCACGAUAACAUCAUAAGUAAGGAGCUGUGGCCUGUAAUGGAUAAGUGGAUAAAAUACCGGAAAGGACACGCGAACAUCGCAUACAUCCCCGACAUCAUCAUCGCAUCCAUUCUGAGGCUGAUCGGUCGGUUAGGCCAGCUGGGCUUGAAGGAAGGGUUUCCGUCUGCCGUGAAGAACAUCAGCUCCGUCAUCGGCAUGUUCAUCCAGCACGCCCGGGAGGAAGAUAUCCCGUGGGGUAUACAGCUAGCAGCUGUAUACGCGCUUUGUGACUUGAGUCCCAGCAAUCCAGCGGAAAUAUCCAAGAUCCUAGAAGCUUGGCGCAAAGAGACCGGCCACAGCGUCCCCUCUGCAGUGGUCAGCUCCCUGGAGGAAGUCAGUGCGUUGUGCGCGGAGGAGCUCGGCUAGCCCGCGGCCGGCCACUGCGUCCGGAGAAGUGCCUUCACAUGAUCUGAGUACAGAGAGAUCCGUCAGCUGUCAGAUGCGAACUGCGGUUUGGUUUCAGAGCGAGCGCGCGGAGGGGGGACGCGGGGACGCGCUCCUCGCUGGCCCGGGGCAGGAGAGGUGGGCGGGGCCGCCGUGCUCCCCGGGCCCCACGCAUUUCACUCAUCGAAAGGCUGUGAUUCCAUGACACACCGAUCGUGUUAUUCUGUCCUGGUCAAACAACAAACACUUGAACUUAGCCCUUUUUUGCUGCAGAAAGUGUCCUUUUAGUCGCUUUUAAAAAAUGAGUGGCAUUUUAUAAUGAAUUUAAUGUAAAAGCGUUGAUUUGGCUCCUGAGCUGAUUCUGGGCUUUGUGCUCAGCCAGCUGCCCAGGAGAAACUGGAUUGGCCGAAAAGGAGCUGGAAGCCUCUUCCACGUCUUAGCUGCAAAUGGGCUACAGGUGAAGUGCACAGCCGACAGGAAAGCGCAAGCGCAAGCGCGGGGAGCCUUUCGAAACUCACCUGAGCGCGUCCUCGCCGCGUCGCUGCCGUUGCGUGGACGAAACUGCCGCGUCGGGAAAGCGGGACUGCGGGUGACGGCCGCGCAGGUCUCGUCUGGACGGCGCGUCCGCCC